UACCUAAAACAAAAUAUAUAUACAUAUAUAUAUAUAUACCUCCUCCCUUUCUCCCUCAAAGAAAAAAAAAACAAAAAAAACUUGCUUAAUGGAGUACCUGUUAUGGAACCAAUUUAUAAACAAAAGAUUUCAGUGCUUCUGUAACUGAGAUCGCGAAAGGAAAGAAAAACUAAAUCAGAUUGCUGUUUAAAUGUGUGUCUCUAUGUAUAAUUGAUACAUAUAUAUUAUUAUAUUGCUAGUAGGCCAAAAGAGAUUUUGUUUUUUUACAAGGACGAUACGUGGAAAGGACUACCUAAAAACUACCAGAACGGCUGAUCAACAAUGUCAGGUCGCGGUUCUUGGAACAAACGGUCGACUGUCGGAGUGUUCGACUUCAAUGAGGAUCGCAAAAAGCGUUAUAAACACAAGCGGUCGCAAUUUUACAUGCACAAGACUGCACAUUUCGCCACAACUGGGCCACCAUCGUCGGCGGCCAUGGUUUCAUCCUCAUCGCCCCCAGUUACCUCUCUGACAUCUCCAUCAUCUGCCGGAUCAUUACCAUCGACGAUGUUACCGUCAGCAGUAGCUGACAGAAGUAAUAAUAAUAAUAAUAAUAACAGCAACAACAACAGCAAGAGUAAUAAUAUUAAUAACAGUAAUAGUAACGUAGCUUCUCAUCCCGUGCUCCCCCCGAACUCAUCGCUUUGUGCUACUUCCAUUAUUUCGCCUACUUCCACUACCUCCACUCCUAUUUCUUCUCUUUCCUCGACAUCCCAGCCAUCGAGCAAUUUGCUCUCUCGGCCAUUACUGUCUGCUGUCCAGAAAUCAGCAACAAGCAGUAACAAUGUGAAUAGCGGAUCUAAUCUGCACCACCAUCACCACCACCGCCAGCAACAGCAGCAUCUACAGAUUCACCGCCAGCAACAGCAGCAACAACAGCAGCAGCAUCAUCAGCAUCAUCAACAACAACCACAUCAUCGUCACCUCUCCUCUUCGGUGAACAAUACUGGAUUGCUCGCAGACAACAACAACACUACAAAUAAUAAUAACAACAACAUAAAUAAUUCUACUACUACUACUAUUACCAACAACAACAUCAGCGGCGGCAGCAGCAGUUCUGCAGCUGGCAACCUUAACUGCCGACGAUUACCCACUAACAACAGUAUGAAUGUGACCAGUUCAGCCAGCACUUCGUUGACCACUGGUGUGGCGAACAUGGGCCUCGGCAACAACAGCCCCACAAACAAUAGCAACAGUAGUAUGGCGGGCAACAAAGGUAUGAUGAUGAUGUCCCCUUGCAACAUGGGGACGUCUCCUUCGAGUGUUUCCUUCCACCAUCCGUUAGGUUUGAGGAACGACGUGUUAGCUUCACGCCUGCACAGUCUCUGCUCGAUCAAGUCCUCAAAUUCGCCGGUUCCGUCGUCGACCUCGUCGGUUUCUAUGAUGCCGUUGCCCCCAAACAGCAACCUUCCUUGUCCGAACGUUGCCAACCCACAUGCCAUGACCACAACUACUGCUCUGGCUAACACCACCUCUUCCACCGGUAUCAUCAGCAGUGGUACUGGUAGUAGUAGUGUUAGUAGUAAUAAUAAUAACAACAACAACAGUAAUAACAACAACAAUAAUAAUAAUCACAGCCAUGGCACAGGGAUCUCUUCGUUAAACAACCUGAAAACUUGCCUUCCAGAUGGCAACUCGACCAUCAUGAGCAACAACAGCAAUACAACUACUAAUAGCAGCAACAACAACAGUAAUAUUCAUAGUAAUAAUAGCCAGAUGGGCUUCAGUACAAACGCGGCAGCUAUUGGUAGCAAUACUAGUAACAAUACUAGUAGUAACUUACUGACUGCUACUUCCGGCUCUGGACCUGUUCAAACGAUUGAGUCUGGCAAAACUGCCAAGAACACUCGACGCCAUCACAUGGCUACUGAUCGAAUAUACGAGUUUGAAUCCAGUCCCCCGACGAGCGAUGUUACUGAAACCCCUGCCCAGGCGGCUGUUGUGAUCGAUUCUCAACAAAGAAAGCCUAUCUGGUCACCUGCAAAAACCAAAAGCCAUGAAAGCUCUAAGACCAAAGACAACAUAAGUGAUUCUGACACAACAAACAAAGAACAAACCAUGCAGACACCAGAUUCAGAAUCCCACAUUGAGCUUCGAAGGGGACGUAGUGCACGAUCAGUACAGAAUAACUCUGUUGAUCAAAGGCCUAUUCGCAGAUGUUCGGAAUUCAAUGACACACAGCUGGCCUUUCUAGAGUCACAAUGGCAACUAGGAAUGGUGUCCGUGUCCCGUGACUGUUGGAAGAUGAUUGACGAUACUGCUGAAUGUAUUGGAAUUUCAUCAGCUCGAGUAAAACGGUGGAUCCAAGAAUACAGCAAAGCUCAUGGUUUAGUCAUAGAUGAACCUGUCACUAGAAAACGUAAAUUAUCAGAAUCCAGAAAUACAGAUGAUUUUGGUUCCGAUACUGGAGGUGAAGAAAAUGAAGAACUUGAGAGUGCGGCGAAAAAGAGUAAGAAAAGUCCAUCUAGAAGCAAGACCAAAGAAAACAGAGAGACGACGGACAAAAAAGAGACUAACCGGAACCAGAACAAGCGUGAACAAAUUGUGGGGUUACUGGGGAAACUCAGCCACACUUGUUCAUCAUUGUCAUCUCUUGGUGUUGAAACUGCCUGUCUAGCUGUCAACAAACCAGUUGUUUUCACACUAGGUAGUAAAUAUGGUACAAACUUCCUUAAAAAAGAAAAGCAAUUACAGAACAAAUUUCUUGCCUACUUAGCCAAGGGCAAAGAUCAGCCCAAAAACAAUCGUAAGAAGCUUGCAGAAGAAGUGAAGGCCUUAUUCAAUGAGAAGUUUUCUUUAUGUUGCGGCAGUACUCGGACCAUGCCAUAUGUUAAACUGGAAAAAGAUCCUAUGUUUAUCGACAUUGAAGGCUUCCCGGAUGGCAUUAUCCUAAAAAGACCACAGUCCUAUGGAAUAUCGGAUCUUCGGAAAAUUUUAAAUGCUUCUGAAAAAAUCCAGUUUCACCUAAAGAAUCCACAGCCAAACAAAAAGAAAGUCACUUCUAACCCGACGCCAAAGAAAGAAAAUACGAGUACAGAAUCCACAGAGAACAAUUUACCGCCUCCUACUUUACCUGCUCAGUCCAAUGACACACAACCUAAUAAAGACCUCCGAACAAAAUCAGACAGUUUUGGUAAUAGUGGCAACAAAAGGAAUAAUUCCACUCCUCCUCCACCUCAGCUUGAACCUGAACGUCCACAACUUGAGUUGAACAUGGAUUCAAAGACUAAACCAGAUCAAGUUCCAAAAUUUGGUACAGUUGAGCCUCAGUUCUCAACGUUACCAAAAGCCUUUCAGACUUCAGGGAACACUCCAGGAAGUGAGUCUUUCUUACACAGUUCGUAUAUGACUACAAAUUCAAACACGGGUUCCCAGGCACAAAACCCCAAUAAAUCCUUACAAAUGAGACAAAGUGCUGCGUUUGGCAGCAAGCCCAUUGUCACAAGCCCUGCAUUCUUGCAGCACAGAACUACUUUCGGUUCUGGGAGCAGUCGCCGAAAAGCUCUAGAAUUAGCACGCUCAGAGCAGAAAGCUCUGGAAGAGAAAUCUAAAAAGGCUGUUGAGACACUGAAACCUGUUGAGCAGCCCAAGACUGAUUUUCAGCAGAAUUCGGACAGCAAGUCUGUGGCCAAAUUUGACAUCAGUUCAAGAUCUGUUGAAGCUUCCAAAUUUAAACCAAUUGAUUCAAUGCAAUUCAAACCUAUGGAGAGCCCUAAGUUUAAGGGCAUAGAAAUUGCUAAAUUCAAACCUAUAGAGAGUGCUAAAUUCAAACCAAUGGACAGUAAGUUUAAACCUGUAGAAACGACCAAAUCUGACAAAAAAUCUUCUGACAGUGUUCUUGUUGAAAAGAAAAAACCUGAAACACCAAAAUCUCAAAAGAAAGAAUCAGAAAACACAAAAUCACAGAAGUCUAAAGAUUCUGAUGGCAAAUCAGGAACUGAAAGUGAGGUUUUUAUUGUAGAGAAAGUCUUAAAGAAACGUGUGCAGAAAGGUCAUCAAGAGGUUUUGGUCAAAUGGAAAGGUUACAGCAAUCGUUACAACUCAUGGGAACCAGUGGACAACAUUUUCACCAUGUAAACCUUUCAGUUUUUGGGGAGGAGGGGUAAAAAGUAAAAAUAAAUAAGUAAAAAAAAAUAAUACUUUAAAACAAAAAAAAAAAAAUAAU